AUGAGGGAGGUGAGAGUUGAGCACGAUGGUUUUACGCUUCCGAUCGUUAAUCAAGUCACUAUGUCGAUUUGGGUUGAUGUAGCCUAUGCGGGAAUGGUUCACUGUGUUGGAAUUAGAAUGGGGUUUAGUUCUGAUUUGUAUUUCUGUAAUACCAUGAUGGAGGUUUAUGGAAAAUGUGGGUGUAUGGUUUCUGCUCGUGACGUAUUUGAUGAAAUGCCUAACAGAGACUUGGUUUCUUGGACAUCGAUGAUUUCAGCAUAUGUUAACGGUGGUGAUGUAUUUUGUGCUUUGGAUAUUUUUGAGGGAAUGAGAAGGGAGUUGGAGCCGAACUCGGUGACAGUAAUGGUGAUGCUGCAAGCUUGUUGUGCGACUCAAUAUUUGGUUCUGGGAAGGCUGCUUCAAUGUUAUGUGGUUAAGAAUGGUUUAUUGUUUGAUACACAUCUGCAGAAUUCGUUCUUGCGAAUGUAUAGUCGACUGGGUAGGCAGGAUGAAUUUGGGGUUUUUUUCUCUGAAAUUGAUUUCAAGAAUGCUGUGUCUUGGAAUAUUUUAAUGUCUUUUUAUUCCUCCAUGGGGGAUAUUGUGAAGGUUGUGGACAUCUUAAACAAAAUCAUGGGUGAAGUUCCUCUCAGCAUCGAGACAUUAACCAUACUAAUAUCAGGAAUUGCAACAUCUGAUUCCAGGUGUCUGAUGCUAGGUGAAAAUCUACAUUCCUUGGCAAUUAAAAGUGGUCUUUAUGAUGGUAUUCUGUGUACUUCUUUGUUGGGUAUGUACGCCAAGUUUGGUGAGUUGGAAAAUUCAACUAGCUUGUUUAAGGAAAUCCCCAAUAGAAGCAUUGUUACUUGGGGGGCCAUGAUGUCUAGUUUUAUUCAGAAUGGACAUUUUGAUGAUGCAGUUGAUAUCUUCAAGCAAAUGCAAGUUGCUGGCUUGAAACCCAGUGUUGGAAUUUUGAAACACUUAAUUGAUGCUUAUGCCUUUUUGGGUGCUCUGCAGUUGGGGAAAGCAAUACAUUGUUGCCUCAUUCGAAUCUAUGGAUUUGUGGUAUGUAAUACACGCUUAGAAACAUCUGUCCUGAACAUGUAUGUAAGAUGUGGGAGCAUUGCUUCUGCCAGGAAAUGCUUUGACUUGAUCAUAAUUAAAGAUGUUGUUGCGUGGACUUCCAUGAUUGAGGGAUAUGGUGCUCAUGGACUUGGUGUUGACGCCCUCAAUCUUUUCCACCAAAUGACGAGUGAAGAAGUGACCCCAAAUAAUGUCACAUUCUUAAGCCUGUUAUCUGCCUGUAGUCACUCUGGCCUUGUUAGUGAGGGCUGUGAAAUCUUUUAUUCAAUGAGGUCAAGGUUCAACAUUAAGCCUGAUUUAGAGACACUAACUUGUUUUGUUGAUCUUUUGAGUAGAAUCAACAAGAGUAAGAGAGCGUUUGCAAUUAUAUUGAGAAUGACAAGUCUCUGUGAUGGCAGGAUUUGGGUGUGCUCUUAUGGGUGCCUGCCGGGGUAUGGAGAUAAUAAAAUAGCUAACUAUGCUGCACACAGCUUCUUGAAUUAG